CCCGCCCACCCCGAAGUCUUACCUGAAGCUCUCGCGGUCAGCCUGGAUGCUCACGCGGGGUUCAUGUCGGCUCCCAGCGGGAAAGUGAAGGUUCAGAGAUGCAGGUGAUGAAGAUCCCUCUUCUGCUGCUCUUCUUCCUCCCUGCGGGAUCCUGCAAGAGGGUGUGCGUCUGCAAAUCCAUGUCUGAGUGUUCGUGCCAUGGGGUCAAAGGUCAGAAGGGAGAGCCUGGUUACCCAGGAUACCCUGGACUUCCUGGAAGAACUGGUCAUCCUGGGAAUGAGGGUGCUGAGGGCCAUCCUGGAGUAAAGGGAGACUCAGGAGUACCAGGAAGUCCAGGACAUAAAGGAUCUCGGGGUCUUCCAGGACAACCAGGAUAUCCAGGACUUCCAGGAUUGCCGGGAAUUCCAGGAAAACAAGGACCAAUGGGAAAACCGGGCUUCCCGGGAUGCAACGGGACAAAGGGUGAUCCAGGUUAUCCAGGGUUUCCUGGACUACGAGGACCCACUGGCCCACAGGGGCUCCAGGGGGAACGAGGGAUGAAGGGAGAAUCGUUUGUGUACCCGAUUCCUCCACCAAUUCAAGGCGCACCAGGACCUCCAGGACCCGCUGGAGAAAAGGGCCGCAGAGGAUAUUUUGGUUACCCAGGCCUACCAGGUUCACCAGGACCCCCUGGCCAGCAGGGGUUUCCUGGGCUGCCAGGCGUACCAGGAGAGAAGGGACUAGAAGGAGCCAGCCCAAUGAGUCCAGGUCCUCAGGGACAGAAGGGCGAUCGAGGACUUCCAGGACUUCCUGGAAAAAGAGGAAUUAAACUGUAUGCUGAGGGACCCAAAGAGCUGAAGGGGGAACCAGGUGAAGAAGGACAGAAAGGUUCUGCUGGUCUGCCUGGACCUCCAGGAAAUCCAGGGUUCAAAGGUCAGAAGGGCAACAUUGGAGACCAAGGCUCACUGGGUAAACCCGGGAAGAUCGGAUUUCCUGGAACGUUCGGGCUACAGGGAGAUCCUGGGGACCCGGGGGUCCGGGGUCCUGAAGGGACUGAUGGAGUGUUGGGAGACAAAGGCGACCAUGGUCUUCCUGGUCUUCCUGGAGAUGUGUUCUACAACCACAGAUUUGUGCAGGGCCAGCGGGGUUACCCGGGGCCUCCUGGACCCAAGGGCCGUCCUGGAAGACCAGGUUUUUUGGGUUUUCCAGGGAUGAAAGGCGAGCCAGGUGAGGCCCUUGAUGGUGUCAUUGGCUUCCCUGGAGCCCCUGGUUCAUCUGGACUCAAAGGGGACACGGGAGAGCCAGGACCAUAUAUCAUCGGACCCCCAGGAGAGACUGGCAUCCCUGGAAGACCUGGAUUUGAGGGAGAGCCUGGAGAGCCGGGACUAUCAUAUUUCCUGGAUGGAGGACGAGGUUCUCCGGGCGAAAAAGGUUCCAAAGGCGUUAUUGGACCUCCGGGGCCUAGAGGGGCAAUGGGCGAGAUGGGAGAGACGGGGGAGGUGUGCUUGCUUUGUCCUCUUCUUUCUGGACCUCCUGGACAUCCAGGUGAACGUGGUCCGACAGGUGACUGGGGGGAUCCAGGUACACCUGGGAAGUCUGGAUUGAAAGGGGACGAAGGUGUGAAGGGAGUGAGAGGAGUGCCCGGUCGAAAGGGCCUCUAUGGUAUUCCAGGAGUCCCAGGACCUCCAGGACUUACUGGUGAGCCAGGAGUCAUGCAGAGGGUUGGGCAGAAAGGUGAGGAAGGGUCUCAGGGACCGUUGGGACAACCAGGCCCGGGGGGAAGGCCUGGACCUCCAGGCAGACCAGGACCAAGAGGUGAAGAAGGAAAAAAGGGAAAUCCUGGACCUCCAGGACCAAAAGGUAAUACUGGACUACAAGGAGACCCUGGAGCUGAAGGCCAAAUAGGGCAAAUGGGCCCUCCUGGCUCCCCCGGCAUUGGAGAUUUGGGGCCUCCUGGACCUCCGGGUCACGCAGGGUUCCUAGGAGAGCCAGGAGAACGUGGACCUCCAGGUGAAAAAGGGAAUUCCGUGAGAAUAGUUCUACUUAAAGGAGAUGAAGGUCAGAAAGGAGACAAAGGUGUUUCUGGGAUUCCUGGACCUCAAGGGGCCAUCGGACCUACAGGUUCUCCAGGAUUUGUUGGUUCAAAAGGAGAAAAAGGAGAUGCAGGAUUUUCCAUCCCCGGGCGUCAAGGUUUCCCAGGAAUAAAAGGAGACAAAGGGAUUCCAGGAAAUCCAGGUUCUCACAGCGUUGGGGUCAAAGGUCGGGGAGGACCAUCAGGCCCUCCUGGAAACAUGGGCCCUAAGGGCAACAUGGGGGUUGGUUUCCUUGGCCUUCCUGGUCAGUUGGGUCCUCCGGGAGAUGAUGGUUUUGUGGGACCCCCAGGAAAUCCUGGACCUCCAGGGCAACGUGGAAUCUCAGGACAAAAAGGACAAGAUGGUCUACCUGGACCCAGCGGUAAUAAUGGUCUGGAUGGAGAACACGGUCCUGUUGGCACACCUGGAUUCUGUUUACCCGCACCUUCUGGAUUUCCUGGAGAACCAGGACAAAUUGGCUUUACUGGAUUUCCAGGGGUCAUCGGUGAAAAGGGUUCAAGAGGAGAUCCUGGGUUGCCAGCUAGAGGGAUCAAAGGGUUACCCGGACCUGAUGGCCCAAGAGGGAUCGAUGGCAAUUCUGGACCAAUAGGAAAUGUUGGCCCUAAAGGCGAUAGAGGGUCAAGGGGGGAGCCAGGGAUCCCAGGCAUUAGAGGGGACAGUGGCCCCCCUGGACCAUUUGGGAUUCCAGGAGAUGAAGGUGCACAAGGGAAACCUGGAGAACCAGGACCAGCAGGUAAUUGUGGUCCAGAUGGUGCUCAGGGUCUCAUGGGGUCAACAGGACCUCGGGGUGACAAAGGAGAGCAAGGUCCAAAAGGAAUCCUGGUGGACAUAUAUGCCAUUGGAGAGCCUGGAGACCCUGGACCCCCAGGUCCAAUAGGUUUCACUGGUCUUAAAGGAGAGAUUGGACCCCCUGGGGUAAUGGGAUGGAACGGCAGAGAUGGGGAACCUGGACUCCCGGGACCACGUGGAUAUCCAGGAGACCCGGGUAAGGAUGGAGAGAUUGGUUUGGCAGGUCAACCUGGACCUGAUGGGGAUCCUGGACUGAAAGGGAACCCAGGUUGCAAAGGUGAGAAAGGACCUGUAGGAGCUUGUGGGAGUCCAGGUCCAAAGGGAGAGCAGGGUGUGAAUGGUCCUAAAGGCCCUAAAGGUGAACCAAGCCCAGCUGGACCAGGAGCCAAAGGACAGAUGGGAGACAUGGGUGAUCCAGGAUUUGUGGGACCUCCAGGUGAACAAGGGGCACUAGGGGCUCCAGGACCCAGAGGACAUCCAGGAACAUGUGGUCUGAAUGGCCUUAAGGGACCCCCAGGUUAUCCAGGAUGCAGAGGUCCUCCUGGUCCUGCUGGUGAGAAAGGCUGUGAUGGUCCAAAUGGAAGAGAUGGUAGUCCAGGUGUAGGUGGUUUCAAAGGUAGCAGGGGACCUCCUGGAGAACCGGGACAACCUGGUCUGAGAGGACAACAGGGACUUGAUGGGAUACCUGGACCUCCUGGGGAGAAAGGAGUUAUGGGAGAACCUGGCUUUGGACCGUGUGGACCAGAAGGAAUGACGGGUGGUCCUGGACCGGAAGGGGACAGGGGUCCUCCUGGUUCUUGUGGUCCUCCAGGACCAAGUGGUCCUGCUGGAGACCCGGGUUUUCCCGGGUUUCCUGGGAAAACUGGUUCUCCAGGGUGUCCAGGACCACAGGGAUUGUGCAUUCCUGGACUAAAAGGAGAUCAGGGAUUUUAUGGACCACAAGGACCCAGAGGCCCACCUGGCUCACCAGGUCCUCCUGGUCGCCCAGGUCUCGGUUUCAAAGGAGAUAAAGGAUCUAUGGGGCAAAUGGGUCUUUCGGGGCGCCCUGGUCCUGCUGGGGAGAAUGGUCCAGAGGGUCUUCAGGGUGGACAAGGAUGCCAGGGGCCUCCUGGAGAGAAAGGUUCAAGAGGAGCAGUUGGCCAAAAAGGACCUCCUGGUUUGAAGGGAACACCUGGGCCAUCGGGCAUCAAAGGCUCACGAGGAUCCCCUGGAGACACAGGCAUGCCAGGAGAAAGAGGGAGAGAUGUUCUUAGCCCUGUCUCACCGCUGCCUGGUGACCAGGGUCUUCCUGGAUUCCCAGGAGAAAAAGGGUUGAGAGGCCCCCCAGGGGCCCCAGGAUUGCCAGGACUCCCAGGGAGAUACGGGAGGAAAGGUCAAGAAGGUCAGAAAGGGAGGUGGGGAAGUACUGGACCCAAAGGGGAUGAAGGAGCCCGUGGACAACCGGGCCAGAAAGGUGUUAAAGGGGAAAGAGGUUUACCUGGAAGGAAAGGCCCUCCUGGUGCACCAAAUGGAAACUGUGAUUUAAAGAGCGCCUUCCUCUUCACCAGACACAGCCAGACGGUGUCCGUUCCACAGUGCCCUCAGGGCUCCACCAAAAUCUACGACGGAUACUCGCUGCUCUUUGUCAACGGCAACAAUCGAGCUCAUGGACAAGACCUGGGAACAUUGGGCAGCUGCCUGAAGCAGUUCAGCACCAUGCCUUUCCUGAUCUGCACCACCGACAGGACCUGUCGUUACGCAUCACGCAAUGACUACUCUUACUGGCUGUCCGCCGACAGCCAACUGCAGAGCAAAAGCAUCUUGUCUGAGGACACCCUGAGGCGCUACAUCAGCCGGUGUGCCGUUUGUGAGGCCCAAGCCAACGUGAUCGCCGUCCACAGUCAGACCAGGGACUUCCCAGAAUGCCCCAGAAGGUGGAGGCCGCUGUGGUCCGGGUACUCCUUUGUGAUGGAGACCGGUGUAGGGGCGGAGGGCUCAGGACAGCCUCUUGUUUCCCCCGGAUCCUGUCUGGAGAGUUUCAGGAGGGUUCCCUUCAUCGAGUGUCACGACAGAGGAACCUGCAGCUACUACAGUGACAGCUACAGCUACUGGCUGGCUGCACUCAAGCCUAACAGCAUGUUCAGCAAACCCAGCCCCUGGAACGACUCAGGAGGCCAGACCCAGGAGAUGAUCAGCCGCUGCCGGGUCUGCUUGAAGGAACCAUAGAAGGCCGACCCCCCCCCUCAGGAACCAGGAAACGCAUGAGCCCCCCUCCUGGGUUUGAAGACAUCAGGGGUCACAGACGGACUGACCACAGGUCUGACAGCAGAAGCUUAGAUCCACACUGGACUUUGGGAGACACGGGUACCAAAGGGAACGGUUCACUGUUCUCCUGUUUGCUGAUGACAUCACUGUGUUCAGUUUGAAUGUUUGGAACGAGACAAAGACAAGACAAAGCUGAUCAAUUCUUCAACGUGUAGUGACGAAGGACCACAAAUAUCUAAACAAAAAUUAUAAUAAAAGACUUUUUAGGAAUUAUUAUUAACAAGAAUCUGAACUGUGAGUCACAGAUGUUGAAAUAUGUCUUUGAUGUUUGUUUCUUUCAUAUUUAUUAUCCUGUGUUGACGCUACUGCCGCCUCAUAGAACCCACACACUGUUUUACAGAGAACGAGGGAACUUUCAGGACAGACUUCUACAAAGAAACCAAAGAAUUCUCUGAGAAUUUACUAAAAUAUGCAUGAAAGCCAAACAGAUUCUGCAGAGAAAGUUUUAAAAACCUUUGCAGGUAAAUCAAUAAAAAAGAUUUGAGUGAAACAGAA